CAACAGGGCGGCUCGGGACACAAGAGGAGCGCCCUCAGCAUGGUCUUGGGACAACGCCAGCUGACGUGGGAGCUCUCAGCUGCACAGCAACGAAAUUCAUUUGGAUCGUGUCAGGAGAGAAAAAUAUUCCCCGUUUUUUACCCUCCAGAUCGGUUAGGCAAUGAGAAUGUGCCAAUUAAAGGUGAUCCUGAACGUGGACCUGGAGCUUAUAACUAUGCAGAGAAGGACAACCUUCUAUACCAACUGGCUCGCAGACCAGAGAGUACUAAAGGCUACACCAUGGGAGCAAGAACAACGCCACGUUUUGGAAUACUCAGCAAGCAUGUGACUCCUGAUCCUACUGCAUACCAGUCUAUAUGGGCCAGAGACCAACACAGGCGCCACCCUACACGUGUCUCUUUUUGCAGCAAUAUGCCACGAUUUUCGCCGAAGCUUCUGGACAAAGACUUUUAUCCUGGACCUGGAACUUAUAACCCAUACGACACGCCACACAGGCAUGUCACCUGGCCAGGGAGGUUUGGGGCUCCAGACUGGUCUUUAAUACCAACGCCAGUGAAAAGAACACUGAGAAGUGAGCUGCUUACGGACAAAGAUUUUAGGAAGCACCGGAACCUAGUGGCCUACCUGAGCAUAUACUACAGUGAUUAAUUACUCUGGUUGGAGUCGUUCCUCUUCUGUGUACUUGGACUACUAAUUUGCCUUUGUUUUUUUGUUAAGGGAAAUUUAGACUUUGUUAGUUGUUUGUUCCUCUGAUUCAGUUACCAGAUUGAUUCAUAAACAGCUGUCUUGUUAUGCCUCUUACCUUCCUAGUUUUAUUGCCUAGUUCAAAACUGUUGGUUUUAUGUGAAGCACUCAUAACUGUGAAGCCAAAAAGUAUCUUAAAAUGUAGGUGUCUUGACUCUUGCCUGUUGACAACAGCUAUUCCAGCCCUUCAGUUUCCCUUCCUUGCUGCAUGUGCCACUCCUCCCAGUUGGCAGUCAGUUAGGCUUGGAGAAUUUGUAAGAG